UCCAUGGCCAAUUCCUCCUGUGUUACUGAGUUCCUACUGCUAGGUUUCUCCAGCUUUGGGGAAUUGCAGCUUGUCCUCUUUGUGGUCUUUCUCUGCCUCUACUUGAUCAUCCUGAGUGGAAACAUCACCAUCAUCUCCGUUAUCUACUUGGAUCACAGCCUCCACACACCCAUGUACUUCUUUCUAUGUGUCCUCUCUACCUCUGAGAUCUUCUACACAAUUGUCAUCCUGCCCAAGAUGCUUAUCAAUCUGCUUUCUAUACUCAGGACACUCUCCUUCAUGAGUUGUGCCACCCAGAUGUUUUUCUUUCUUGGUUUUGCUGUCACCAAUUGCCUGCUCCUGGGAGUGAUGGGUUAUGAUCGUUAUGCUGCCAUCUGCCAGCCUUUGUACUACCCCAUUCUUAUGAGCUGGAAGGUAUGUGGUCAACUGGCAGCAACUUGUAUUGUUGGUGGCUUCCUAUUAUCUCUAAUGGGAACAACUUUGGUGUUUAGCCUCCCCUUCUGUGGCUCCAACAAGAUCAACCACUACUUUUGUGAUAUUUCACCAGUCAUCCGUCUUGCCUAUGGUGAAACCUACAUCAAUGAACUGGUUAUCUUCAUCUUUGGGGUCAUUGUGCUUAUAGUGCCCUCGAUCUUCAUCUGCAUCUCUUAUGGCUUAAUUGUCCAUACCAUCCUUAAGAUCCCAUCAGCUGAAGGCAAGCAAAAAGCUUUCUCCACCUGUGCCUCUCAUCUCAUUGUGGUCAUUGUCCAUUAUGGCUGUGCUUCCUUUGUUUACUUGCGACCCUCGGCCAAAUAUACAUCAGGCAAAGACAGGCUGGUGACAGUGACCUAUACCAUCAUUACCCCACUGUUGAACCCUAUGGUAUACAGCCUCAGGAACAAAGAUGUACAGCUGGCCAUUCGGAAAAUGAUUGGGAAGACUGGGUUUCCUCUUAAGAAUUUAUAA